UUGACAUAACUCGUGCCGGCGUCAUAACAGCUGUUCGUACCAACCUCUCAGUUUCGUUUUCAGUGAGUGUAAAUCGGUUAUUUCAACAAAACACGUGUUUUAUUCGUUUGGGACUCAAGUUAUUGACUACUAAUACUAUAAUUUCCUUUAUUACCUACGAUGGAGGAUGAUAACAGCGCAAAAGCUCCGGUGACUCGACUGCGCAGAAGGUUAUCUGUCGAGUCCACAGAAGAAAGGUCGUCCACACCAAAUACGCCCACCAAAAAACGUGGUAGGCCACCAAAGUUGGUACAGAUAGAUGAAAAUGAUGUAACUCCACCGAAGUCCACACCAAAACGUGGAACAAGGAAAACAAAUAAAGAUGCUUUGGAACCUCUGGAUGACAAACCAUUGACACCAGUUAGAAGAAGUACAAGGAUUAAAUCAAACACAAGUAUUGUGUCAGAUACUGUUGCUACUACUACUAGUGAUACUCCCAGAGCAAAGCGGGUCACACGAAGAAACUCACAAAUAGGCAGUGACAGUGAAAUCCCUUUAACACCUGCCAAACAAACUAGAAGAACUAGAAAGGAUUCAACACCAAAGCUAGAUAAUGAUCAAAUUGAAAAAGCAGUACCACAGAUAACUGAAAUUAUUGCUGAAGAAGCAGAAUUUGUUGAAAAAAGCUUCAGUACACCAUCUCAUUCUCCUUCUAAUAAUAAGAGUAAAAAAAGUUCUGGUUUAGUUAUUGAUGAAGGUGAGAAAAAGUCAGCCAUUAGUGUUAUUGAUGAUGCUAAAAAUAAAUCUAUAGUAAAAUCCUCCAGUCCUCCGUCACCAGAUAUUCAAAAGGAGAAUAUAUCACCUGGACCAAAGCAUAACAAAAAGGGCAACCUCUCUGCCUCUACAAUAGACUUAUUGAAUAAUGUAGACAAAUUUUCCAAAACUGAUACUCUAAACAAAACAACAUCGUUUCUGGAAUCGAACAUGAAACCAUAUAAAAAAAGAACUAUGUCAUGGUCAACAAACUCUACAACACCGGAUGAAACUCUCAAACAAGAAAAAAUAAACAAAUCUCAAAAUUAUAAUGAAUCUGGUGUUGACAGUUUAUCUCAAAAUUCUCAAAACAUAAAAAAUGUAAAAGUUGUUGUAGAUAGAAUGGACAUUGAUCAAAUAUGCAACAAUUCUGCAACAGAAAAUAAACACCAAGAAAUAUCAAGUGAAGAACUUUUUAGCAAAAACCCUAGUGAAGAUUCAAAGCCAGAAAUAAUCAUAGAGGAAUUCACUACAGAAAUUAAUGUUCAGACAACUGAAAAGACUCAAGAUCAAUUUGUUCCUGUUGUAGAUGUUUCUUCACCAAAUGUUGAUGUUUCACUACAUAAGUCUAAAACUGAUAAAAGCAUGAAUGCUUCUCGUCGGGAAAAAAUGUUUAAUGACAGUGUUGAGCCAAUGGAUGUUGAUCAAACUAUACCAGAAAGCAUGGUAAUGCUUGAAGAAAAAGAAUCUUUUACAGAAUUAAAUAACAAAUCCCGUAAAAGUAGCUUAUCAUCUGAGUCUAAAAGAAAACCUUCAGUAUCACAGGCUAUGGAAACUGAAAAUAAAAGUACUUUGAUAUUAUCACAGCCUAAUGAUAAUACCUCACAAAUAAAUAGUCUGGGAAAAAGUCCAAUGCCAUCAGACAAUAUGUUUUUAUCUAAAUCACUUGUAGAUUUAGAUAAAACACAAAAUUUGGAUAAGGAAGCCAAGAAUCAAUCAAUAACCUGCUUAACAAGUACCCCAUUACAACAAAAACCUCUCCAAAGGCUAAUUGCACCAAUGAAUACAUCAGUUAUUAAAUCAAAUGAUAACAUUGAUGGUACUCCAAAAAGUUUCGUCGAUACCAACUCGCCUUUAGCGAAAAAUGAAAAUAUUAAACUUUCUUCUGCAAGUAAAAGUCUCAAGGUAGAUGAUGAUUGUGAUGACAAGGUCCCAGAAGAUAAAAUAACGAACAUCGAUCAAUCAAUAAAGUCUGUUACUGAUAGCCAGAUAAAAGAUGAUUGCAAAAAUAUAUCUAUGAGUAACAAGUCUAAUGUUCUCACUCCUAAGGAUAAGGACAAUGAAAAUAAUGUGUCAACUGAAUCCAUUAAGUCAAAGGAGCACAAAUUAAUAGUAAAUGUCCAUUCUAGUGAUGAAGAUUCAAGUGACGACAUGCCAAAUUUGAAAAGUAAUGUUAAUGAAUCUAAGAGUAAAUCAAAAAAGAAAAUGUUAAUAAAUGAUGAAUCUGAUGAUAGUGAAAUAUCUAAUGAUGAAUCUAUCUCAAAAAAUGAUUUAGUUGAUGAUGAAGCUGACGACGCUGGUGAUGAUUAUGAAUCCGGUGAUAGUCAGGACGAAGAGGAAUUACGAUAUGCCAAAGAAAACGAAAUUACUGAUAAAGGUGUCACUCUUACGUCAGAUGAAGAUUUCUCAAAUGACUCUGAUUAUGAAAAAGAUUCCUUCAUCGUCAGCUCUGAUGAAGAAGACAAUCAGCUGUUAGAAGGAACCGAAGAUGACUUAUCAAUGAGUGAUAAUGAACUUAAAAUGACAGCGAAGUCAAAGAAGAAAUACAAUGAACGUAUGAUCAAAGAACAGAAGAAAGCUUCGAGAGAAAUGUUUGAAUCCCGUCACAAACUAAAUAUUAAAAAAAAGAAUGUCAUAGAAGAUGACACCGAUUCCAAAUCAGAUGACGACAACCCUCCUAAACAGCAGAAAAAAAUUAACAGGAUGCGAUUAGAUUCAAGUCACGAAACCAGCGGGCUUAAUGAAAGCAAGUCCCGUACUGAAAUCAAGAAGCACUUAUCUGAAUCGAAUGUAAAUGAAACAUUUAACGAAAAAGAGAUGACACAAAAUAUGAAUGUGAGUUCUCAAGAAAGUGACCCACUGGCCACUUCAAUGAAAAAAGAUCCAAAAUCUCCCAAGAAAGGGGAUAAGCGAACAAAUACAACACUGGACUUUGAAGUAUCAUCAAAUAGGAGUCAAUUGAACAAUCUCGAAAAAGAUGAAGAAAAUCCUUUGGAGUCUGAAAAAGAUAAUGAAUCUUCGUCCGACAGUGACACAAACAAUAUAAUUAGUAAUUAUGAUUCAAUUCUAAGCACCCUGAACAAAGCUAGUAAACUUGACACAUCACUUAACCUAGACGUGAAGAAAAAGAUGAAAAAUAAACGAGCCUCGAUAAUUGACGAGCUUAAUCUAACUCAGUCUGGUAAAAAAGAAAGUUUAUCAAAGACAACACCAAAGCAAAAUCCUAAUAAAAAAGAUUUGGUUGAAGAUGAUGAUAAUUCGUCGUCUGACUCGAUCAGUCUCAAACUGCUUAUUUCUGAAGAUAGCAACACUGACUCUAUUAAUACUAAAAAUGAAGACGAAGCGAUUCCUUCGAAAGAGAGUGAAGCUAAGAUUGAUCUCACAAAUAAUGAAGAGGAAAACAUGGAUUGUGGUUCAGAAAACCUCUUUUUCAUCGACACAAAAGGAGACCUCGAAGAAGAUUCUCCAGCAGAAGAAAAUAUUUUCAAAGACAUGAAUAUUUCCAACAUUAAAACACCUAAAAGUGAAAAGAAGAAACAAAGGUUGUCUAAAUCGCAAACUGAUAUUAAUGUUACACUUAUUGAAGAAAUUUAUCAUCAAAAUACUUCAAGUGCCAAAACUCCUAAAAGUGAUAAGAAGAAACAAGCGUUUGAAGCAAUGGCAGAUAAUGAUUCACCUAUUAAGGAAAUCAUCAACAAACAGAAUACAUCAAAUGUUAAUACUCCUAAAAGUGAGAAGAAAAAGAAGCAAAAGUUAUCUGAAUCUACAGCUGAUAUUGAGGAUGCCCCAACUGAAGAUACAAUUCAAAUACAGAAUACUUCAAGUGUAAAAACUCCCAAAAGUGAGAAGAAAAAGAAGCAAAAAUUAUCUGAAUCCACUGAUGUUGAUGAUGCACCAGCAGAAGAAAGGAUUAUCAAAGACCUGAACAUUUCCAACAAAACUCCUCAAAGUGAAAAGAAACAGAAAUUGUCUAAAUCCCAGAUUGCAGAAGCACCAUUUGAAGAUAUCCCGGACCAAAAUACUCCAAGUGACAAGAAAAAGAAAAGGCUAUCGAAAUCUCAUCCCGAUAUUGAAGCCAUGCAAGCCGAAGAUCGAAAUACCUCAAAUGUAAAAACUCCUAAAAGUGAAAAGAAGAGGCAAAAGUUAUCCCAGUCACAUAGUGAUAUUGACGUUGAACCCGAGGAUAAUAUGGACCAAAACGCUUCAAGUAUCAAGACUCCUAAAAGUGAGAAGAAAAAAAAGAAGAAAUUUUCUGAAUCAGCAGUUGAUAUUGAAGUUUCAGAUCUGAAUUUGUCGAAAGCAAAAACUCCUAAAAGUGACAAGAAGAAAAAACAAGACUUUUCUGAAUCCCAAGGGAAUAUUCAAGUUUCAGAGCUGGACUCAUCAAAUGCGAAAACUCCUAAAAGUGCAAAAAAGAAAAAGCUUAGUUUAUCCGAAUCACAAACAAAUAUUCAAGAACUGAACUCGUCCAAUGCCAAGACCCCAAAAAGUGCAGAGAAAAAGAAACAAGAUUUAUCUGAAUCGCAGAAUAAUCAAGAGCUGGGCUCAAAAGCAAAUACACCUAAAUCUGAAAAGAAGAAGAAUCGAGAUGUGUCACAGACAAAUAUUGAAGUUUCAGAAGUACCAAUAGAAGAAAUCGUUGCCGAGAUCGACUCGAAUGUAAAGACGCCUAAAAGUGAUAAGAAGAAGAAAAGAAAGUCUGGCAAUAUUGAAGACGCGAAUGUCGUUGAAGAAGUUUCAGUUGUCAAAACACCUAAAAGCGCUGAGAAACUCCCUCAAACUCAUAUUGAAGAUUUGGUAAAUAAACAAGAAAUUGAUUCAAUAAAGACUAAAGGUGAAAAGAAAAAGAAAAAGCAGAUGUUACAAUCUGCAGAUAGCGUUGAAGGCCAAAGUGAAGAUUUAGUCAUGGGUAAGAAAAAGAGGAAGAGGUCAAACACUGUUCCCGUUGAAGAAAUUAUUGAAACAGCUUCACAGAGCAAUGGCAAUGAAAAGAAAAAGAGAAAAAUAAAAAAUACGGAUGAAACUGUAAAAGUAGCAGAUGUCAAGAAAAGUAAAAAACGCAAAGAAAGGGAAGACGAUGAACAUGAUCAACCGAAGGUCCAACCGAGUUCCUCAAAAAUGACAGUUCCCCGCUUGCCCAUGUCUGUCAUUACCCAGCUGGCGGAUAAUCCGAAAAUACAAGCAAGGAAGAAGCCAAAAGUAAUUUCAACGAGCCAAUUUAUAGUCGAGGACUAUCGAAGAAAAAUGCCCUCGACCUAUUUAGAAGAAAGUGUUUAUCUAAAUGAUGAUUCACCUGAAAAGAAGAAACCAAAGAAAAAAAUACCCAAAGUGUUGCCAUCAAUGCCUUCGACCUCUUCCUCCAACCACGGAUUUACGACUACAUUUAAAAUAAAUGUUAUCUCGGCUGAAACUAAAUUUGUCGCACAAGCUGACAACGUCGCCAACUUCAGGGAAGACCGUUUAUACAAUAAAAACCGAAAGCGACGCACAUACGAACACUUAAAGAAACACACAAGUUCGAAAUUGUCAAAAUUUUAGUUAUCUUUCUUUUAUUUAUGGACCUAAGCCGCCUGUUGUUUAUUUAAUUAAGCAUUUGUUGAACGUGACUUUUGUAUGCAUUUCAUUGUUUUCUGAAAGUUUUUUGUAUUCUCUUUAGUUAAUAAUUUGUUGUUAGGUAAAGUUAAUUUCUUUUUCGCCUGUUUGAUAUCUGGUUUUACACUGACAUUGUUGAAAUUUUAACUUAAGAAUUAGGAAUGCAAUUAGGUUUUAAGUUAAAUACCAGUCUCUUAAUUUUUCCGAUCAUACAUUUAACUUGUUUCGACUUCCAUUCUACUGUUUUAUUCACCUUUCCACUAGAAUAAUGUACAACGGGAUACUAAUCUAAUCUAAUACGGGAAUCUGGUCCUCAAUUUAAUUAUAUGCAUUUGUAUUUUACCGCCUUUUGUGUGUUUUGCGUAUGAACUAGAUGGCGCUAGAUGCUGUUGCGAGAAUUUCCUCUCACCAUGUGCCUUGUUUUGUUUAAAAAAUAUGAUGUUUUGACAUGUUAUUAGUAUUAUAUGUAAAUAAAGCUACUCAUUGAUAUUCAA